GCCUGGCACAUAGAAGGCACUCGUCUAUGUGUUGAAUAAAUGCAUACCUCAAACGCCGAAGAUUCCAUAUGCCAGGGAUCCAUCAUGGCAUGGGUCUUUGCAAAAGGAUUCGUCACUGGGCUUCAUCAUCCAGAAAACUUUUAAGGACCGCGUGCCAACAUGCCAGGUAUCGUACCAGGGAAUAUGGGGAGGAAGGGGCUUAGGUAAACGUAAAACGGGACCUCUACUCUUAAUGAGUACAGGCUGGGGGUGAGACCCACCUUCUGCCAUGGCUGCUCUGGGGCCUCACCGGUGGUUCUCCUGCACGGAAAGCCAGUUCCCGUAUGGUCACGGUGGGGUGCAGCCAUGAGGCACACCCUAACCCCCAAGAUUCCAAGAACAGACAUGGCCACCCUAAGUGAUGGCUUCUCAUAGUCAGCCAGCCGGUCGUGACUCAUGACUUAGAACUAGAGAGGCAGAAGUUUGACAUCGGGGGACAUCUGGGAGACGGCCUAAGUCCAUUCACCCUGAGCCCCCGGGUGGGAGCCCAGCCCUGCUGCCCGAGGGCCCGUGUGACCUGGGAAGCCCCAUGCCCACUGUGCUGAAAAGCUGCACCUCAAGCUCUGUGGCGAAGAGCCAAUGAAACUGUGCUCACAGCACCUCUGUGAGGAGCAGGGUCUCAAGGGUCCUCGCCAGCGAAUGAGGACGGUGUCCGGGGUACUCCAGACACGCGCACUGUGCUGCCAGUCUCCAUCCCACUGGUUCCUGGACUCACUGCUCCUCAGAUGUUCUGGGGUAAGGUCAUGCUCCCCACUGGGCAAGUAUGCCGAGGUCACCAUUUGCUUUCGAUACUUGUGCCCUGAGUCACUGCCCGGGCCUGAAAAGGGGAAACCCAGCCUUGCCGCCUGCAGCCACACAGCCCGGCUCCACUAGCUCUGGGGAGCCUCACUGCCCCUCAGGGCCUGCAGGAGCAGGGGGGCCAGCAGCUGCCGCAUGCUGAAGUCACAUGGUGGGCCCACUCUUCUCCCACAGAGCCCGCCUACUGGGACGUGUGGUAGUGGGUGGCGUUUUGCCCUCUCUGCCUGCCUGCGGCCCACAAGCCACCCACCCAGGCUCCUCACAUCAGCGGUCUUCACUGUGACCCACAGAUCUUGGCUCCUUCACACGGAAAGCUGGGCGGCUCCCCGGAGAGCCCAUGCCCCCUUGCACGGAAACCAUGGAAUUUCCCCAGCACGUUGUCUUUGGCAACUCCAAUGCCACAGGAAGGUCAGGACUGGUGAGACACGGAGAGAAUGCAGGGGAGGAAGUGCUGGUCCUGCCUACGCUGCCGGGGGCCCCUCCCAGGAGGACAGGACAGCUCGUGUCUCCACAAACAGGACCCUGACACGAGCGGGAGCGUCUCGGCGGCAGGUUACUCUCAGAAGGUGUUUCCAUGGAUUCUGCUUGGUGCCCGCCUGCCUGAGGACAGCCCCACCCCUGCCUUUCUGCCUGGUGGUUUAAGUGACACUUCUCCAGAUGAAGGGUUACUAGAGGACUUGGCUGUAGAAGACAAAGCUGUGGAGCAGCUGGCAGAAGGAUUGCUUUCUCACUACCUGCCAGACCUUCAGAGAUCAAAACAAGCUCUUCAGGAACUCACACAGAACCAAGUUGUAUUACUAGACACACUGGAACAAGAGAUUUCAAAAUUUAAAGAAUGCCAUUCUAUGUUGGAUAUUAAUGCUUUGUUCACUGAAGCUAAACACUAUCAUGCCAAGUUGGUGAAUAUAAGAAAAGAGAUGCUGAUGCUUCAUGAAAAGACAUCGAAGUUAAAAAAAAGAGCACUUAAACUGCAACAGAAGAGGCAAAAAGAAGAGUUGGAAAGGGAGCAGCAACGGGAGAAGGAAUUUGAAAGAGAAAAGCAGUUAACCGCCAAACCAGCAAAGAGGACCUGAGAAGCUGAGUGUGUCUAUGUUCUUCCUCCCCCUGCCCCCUGUUACUUGCAUGCAGGGCAGCCCAGGUGUGGGCUGGAGUGAAGGUAGUGCCUUACACCACCGGCCCGGCUCACGUUUGCAGUCCUUUUCCCGGGAGUGCUGUCUCCGGAUCUUCAUUUCCGCCAUCAAGGAGCUUUUUGCCCCAAGUAGAAGACAAAAUGUCACUCGCUUUGAGUCUUUGAAUGUAAUUUUUCAACUUCUGUUUUGCAUCAUUUUUAAAUUCCUUACUUUGGCUUUGCAUCAUUUAUCAAUGGGAAAAUGGAUUGAUUGCUUUAAUAGUCUAGACUCUAAGUGAUUAAAAACUAGUAUUUUUUAGCGUCUUGAGAAGUGUGGAUUGAAAAGAUUCCAUUUCUUUUAUGACUUGCCUUUCUGGCAAUAUAGUGCUGGUUUUUGGUAAUUGCUUUAUCGUUGCUUGGUUCAGAAGAAAUGCCAACCGUUUAAGCACAUGUGCCCGUGGAGAAGAGGUGGUGUGACCCUUUGUGAAGAACACAAUGGAGAAAUGCAUAACGGGAAAUAAUAGCAUCUUAGACGUCGGACCGAUGGGCAAGAUUCCAGAUAGAUUCUGCUAACUGUAUGCUCUGUCUGCUUCCUAGCGUUGUUGCUCUUUAGUUUUUACGUAUUCUCUGCGUUCAGAGUCGAUUCUCUCUACUUCUAAAGUUUGGCAAGGGUGGUAGAGCUGUCACACACACAAAUAUGCUGAAAUAUGUCGAAUACUUAGUAAGAGUCAUCACACACUGAGAUACAGUUGCCAGAUUGAUAAGAUACGAGUCCAGCUUUCCAAAUGGAAGUUCUUAUCGCUAGCUCUGUCCAUCCACUGAUUUGCUGUGUGGCCUUACAUGUAGUUACUUUUUCUGUGCUUUAAAAAAAGUUCUUAAGGUAGAAUGAUAUCUUUACCCACUACCCAUGUUAUAGAUAAUGACAAGAAUGGUGGAAAAUUAGCAAAUAGCUUCUUCACAAGAGACAGCAUGAUACCUUUCGUAUUUGCUAGAUUUUCCCCCUCAGUAGUUUCAGUAGGAACUUAUGUGAGGAAAUAUUAGGAAGUUUCAUUUUCUAAAAUUGAGAGUAUGUUACUAAUUGUUUUAGUAUUAUUUAAUAUCCAACUGGUCUCCAAUCUAUAUCACAUAGAGACUGUACAGAACCUAUAAAGGUGUGUGCUUAGAAUGUGUAUCUUUUAUAGUCUCUGUUACAUUUUGGUAAGCUGGAAUCACUACCUCUGAUCUCAUAUCAGGCUAAUUAAUGAUGGAGAGGGCAUUAGAUUUAAGCUGAUUGCUAAAAACUGGUCUGUUUGAAGGUUUACACAGUUUUGGGGAAGCUGUUCCCUUCUUUGAUGAAUGAAUUAAGAUCUCACAAUUUACUUGACUUUGACCUUAUAUUAAGAAUAUAAAUACAUUUUAUUUUAAAAGGCUACAUUUGUCCUCAAACACUAGCUAAAACUGCCUAGGGCAGGAUUCAUUAGCGCUUGUGGGACAAUGUCACUUAAAUUGGUGAAUGAACUCCUCUGUAAAGGCUGUGCACUGUUUCUCAGAGUGUUUUAUGGGCCAGCUGCAUUAAAUGCUGGUUCCUGGACACCGCUCUCAAUCUGCUGGAGCAAAUCUGUUUGUUUGUUUUGUCUUUUUUUUUUAAUUUCCCCACAUGAUUCUGAUGGACCUUAAAAGUUGAGACCCACUGGUCCAGUGGUCUAGGUCAGAGGUUCCCACACUAGACUGUAUGCCACUGUCACCUGGGAACUUAAAACAGACAUUCUGGAAGAUUCUUACUCGUUAGUUCUGAGGUGGGGUCCAUGCAAAUUUUGAAGAGCUCCCCACAUAAUUCUGAUGCGGGGGACCACUGGUCUAUAAUGUCUAGUGAUUUAUAUUAUAAGAAAUGAAAUAGCUUAAAAGCUACCCAAUAACUCUUGGGAUUAAUCUUAUGAAAUAAAUUCUCAACUGCUUUUGAUAGAAAGUCAGAUUUAAGACUGAAGUAGAUAGCAGGCAGGAGAUAGAUAUAGAAUUCUGGUUAAUUAAUUGAACUUUUUGCGACCUGUGUUAAAAUAAAUCAUGUUUAUUGAAUGAGUGACAAGGCACAUGUACUUUUAGAAUUGUAUUUAAGGUUUGAAGUUUUUUUUUUUUAAAUGUCAAGGACAUAUAUUAGCAACCACUAUUUUUAGGUCAGUUGUAAAUCAAAAGUACUGUUACGUUGGUAAUUACAAUCUAACACUUGAGCUGUAUUUCAGUAGCAUAGAAACAUAUCUUAUUGACUAAACCUAAAUGGAAUCCUUCUAGUAGUCUUGCUGUAUUUUUGCACAGUAUAAUGAAUUGGUACUUGGGUUGGUUGUUUGGUUGAAAAAAAUUGCCUUUGUUUUGAACUAUAUCACGUGUGUACUGAACCAAAAUGUUAAGAGUUAAUUUUGUAUUUACUUUGCAGUAGGUAAUAUGUAAAGAUGCAGACAUUGAAUGUAAUAUGGAUUGUGUCUGCAGUGAGUUUUUGAGUGGGUACAGUUUAUAAAUAUGCCAGUUAUACACCCUU